AGAUUAUAUACUACUAAAGUGGCAGUAUGUCCAGCCCGUCGCUCUUGAGAGUCUUUGCAUUGUGUGCAAGCAUCGAAUUCACCAGACCAAAAUGCGCUCCUCUCUUACAACCCUUGCGUACGCACUCCUCGCAAACGCAGUCAAUGGACAGCUAGACAUUGGAUCUCUUCUAAGCGGUCUUGGCCCAGCCCCAGCCGACGACCCUCGAUGGACCGAUUUUCAUCCUCCAGGAACCGGUGAUGUCCGAUCUCCCUGCCCGGGUCUAAACGCUCUCGCCAACCAUGGCUUCAUACAUCAUGAUGGCAAGAAUAUGACUCUUCCCCACUUGAUCGAAGGUCUCGCGGCAGGCAUGAACAUGGGUGCCGACUUCACAGUCGCAAUUUCAGGAGCCGGCCUCCUGUCUUCUCCUGAUCCCUUCGCUGGAGCAUUCGAUCUCAAUGACCUGGACAUGCACAACUUCCCCAUUGAGCAUGACGCCAGCCUUAGCCGUCAGGACGCCUACUUCGGCAACGACUACAGCUUCUAUAACGACAACUGGCAGCAAGUUCUGAAUUUCUACGACGGGAAGACGACGACGGAUGUUCCAACCGCAUCCCGAGCGAAGUAUGCGCGCGUCAACGACUCUAUGACUAUCAACCCAACGUUCACAUACGGCACUCGUGAAGCCAUCUUCAGCUAUGGCGAAACCGCCUUGUACAUCCAGAGCAUGAGCGACCCGGCGUCAGGCAUGGCGCAAAUCGACUACGUUCGUAGUCUAUUUGAGCAGGAGAAGCUGCCAUUUGAGCUGGGGUGGAGGCCGAGUGCUGCACCUAUUACGCUACAAUCGCUUGGGAAUAUGGUCUUUGAGCUGUUCUUGGCGAAUCCGCAGAAUGUUCCGGAAGGCUUGACCAUAACUGCCAACUCGUAUAAGGAUGCUUUCGAGGCCGUGGCAGGUGGAUCCAAUAUUCUUGCGAACUUGACGGACGGGUUGAGUACUUCUGUUGGGUUGUAGAAUAAGCAUAUGAUAUGAAGCCCCUGCUCAAGCGUUGCCUGCUCAACUCCAUCUUAGUCGGCUU